AGCAUGUUACACUUAACUUAUCAAUUCUUUUCAGUAUAGCGUAAAAGUAGACGGAGACUUUUUGUUGCGCGCAUGCGGUUUAUGAAGAUGUCAGACCCUUGAUUUGUUAUUAUUUUUUUGUUCAGAGUUAGUCAGUAAAAGGCUUAUCUUGUAAUCCUAAAGGAGGAACGUGAUGGUGAUUUAUCUACUGCCUUAUAUAUGGAUAAUAUAGCAAUUCAUCGGCUUAUUUCUGCAGCGCAGCGUUUCUUAAGGACAAGUCGAAGGAAGUCCAUUCCCGCGGAUGCAUGUCUUCGGAUCGCCGGGGAGUUUCUAGCUGUAGGCUCGGGCCUGAAGCCCGGCUUCCUGUACGAUUACAAUGCAGCGGGGGCCGUCGAUGUUCUCAAUUACUGCUUGGCACUGCGGCAGCUGGGGCUCACUUCUGGAAUGGCUUCUCUGUAUGUGUUUGAACUUGGUGGCAGUGUGCUGUUACUCAACUUGGAGCAUAGCAUUCAGCGAUUGGAGAUGCUGAUCGGCAGAAAAGACGCCAAUUUUCCCGCAGUUGAUGUAUCAGCUAACCGGGCCUUGCCUGCUGUGUGCUCUCCCGCGGUUCGAGAUCAGAUCCGGUGUCAUUUGUCUGAUAUAUUGCAACAGCUUAAAGUUUUGAGGCACAGCAGCGGUGAUAUGGUCCAUAAGUUGCUAUCCCCCCCAGAGUGGAAUCUCUGCACCCUGUUUGGUACCCUGCUGGGGUACCCGCUGCCGUACUGGUUUGAUACGUCCAAGGGUUUCGAAAACUGUUUAGCUCUGACUCCUCUACGGGUGUACACUGUGAAGGCAUGUUGCUCCCGGGUUGCUGGUGGUAUAAACCUAACCGUUUACUCCUUUAGUGUACCCGAGUGUGUACUGGGAGAAGUUGAGGACUGUCUGGAUACUUGGUUAGAGGAGCUGCAGAAUGGGUUUAGAGGACAAAGUGACUUCAGUGAUUUGACUUUUUCAACCAAAACCGUUUCACUUGCAGCGGUAGCACUUUAAUUGUACUGUUCCGUUAAGAAGUGAAGUAUACAAAAGAUAGUUUUAUUGGUUGUAGUGCGAUAUAGAAGUUGUCUUCCUUGGGAUGGGGAAAUACUCUUAGAUUUUGAAAAUCGUCAUUUUAAUUUUUUGUUUGUUUGAACAGGAGGAUUGCCUCUUACCGAGUGAACUGGAAAAUGUGGUAAACGUAUUGUCCACGAUGGUGUUUCUAGUUCAGGCCAAUAUACAUUUGUGUUGUGUACUGGUUCUUUUGAUAUAUAUGUCAAUGUACUAUUUUGAGUUUGUGCAACAUACGGUAUAUUAAACACGGCUACACUAAAUGCA